AUGCAAGGUUUAAUGUUACCCGGAAGUUUAACUAUCGGGAUCAAUAAUGCCGAUAAUGUUGAUGAUAUUAAGAAGUAUGAUAAAAUCGAAGCUAUAGAUGAUAUUAAGAAGGAGAAUAAAAUCGAAGCUAUAGAUGAUAUUAAGAAGGAUAAUAAAAUCAAAGUUAUAGAUGAUAUUAAGAAGGAUAAUAAAAUCGAAGUUAUGGGUGGAGAUGAGGAUAAAGUUGUGAAUGAAUUCAAUAACGAAGUUAUGAGUGAGAAUAAGAAUGAGUUUACGAACAAAGAUAAAAGUGAGGCCAUGAAUGAAGAUGAUAAUGAGGUUAUGAAUGAAGAUAAAGCUGAGGUUAUGAAUGAAGAUAAAGCUGAGGUUAUAAAUAAAGAUAAAUAUGAGGUUAUGAAUAAAGAUAAAGAGGCUAUAAAUAAAGAUAACAGCGAAGCCAUGAAUGAAGAUAAAAGUGAAGUUAUGAAAGAAAAUAAAGACGAAGUUAUGAAAGAAGAUAAAGACGAAGUUAUGAAAGAAGAUAAAGACGAAGUUAUGAAAGAAGAUAAAGACGAAGUUAUGAAUAAAAAUAACAGCGAAGCCAUGGAUGAAGAUAAAAGUGAAGUUAUGAAAGAAGAUAAAGACGAGGUUAUGAAUAAAGAUGGUGACGAAGCCAUGAAUGAAGAUAAAAGUGAAGUUAUAAACAAAGUUGAAAUUAUGAAUAAAGAUAAAGAUGAGGUUAUAAAUAAUGAUGAGGUUAUGAAUGAAUAUAAAGAUGAAGUUAUGAAUGAAGAUAAAGAUAAUAUUAUGAAUGAAGAUAUGAAUAAAAAUGAAACUGAAGUCAUGGAUGAGGAUGGGAUUGAAGAUAUAGUAAUUAUAGAAAACGAAGCUAUGAGUGAAAAUAAAUACGGAAUUACGAGUUACUAUAAAUGCAUUCUGAGGUAA